AUGCAACGAGCUGCUGCCUCAGCAGCUGUCAAUGACACCCCACAACCAUCGACCGACGACUCCAACCCACCCACUCCCAAACGGCACCGAACCGACCCUCACCAAUCUCAUAGCCCUGCUACACCAUCGUCAGACUUGGAAGCCAUUUCCGCCGCCCUUGCCGCGGAGGAGGACCGACGUAGAGAGGUAGUGAGCCGUCAGGCAGCGGAGGCCGGUGAAACUGAAUGGGUGCUUGAUUUCGGCUCAGAUACACAGUACGCUCCGCAGCCACAGGUCAUUACGGCGGAUUCUCUAGACGCAGACGAUGACGACAUGGUUUACGGGGGUCGACAGGCAUAUGGUAAUUUCAAGCGGAAGAAGAAAACAUGGAUCGCUGAUAACGGUGGAGACGAGGGGGAAGGGGAUGUUGACUCGAUGAUCGAAAAGGCCAAAUCAAAAGUCAAUCCCCCGCCGGUCAGACUGUCUAAGCUCACGAGCAUAUCUGGUGGACGUCAGGCGAUGAUCGGAGGAUCUAAGCCUCAGAAGAAAAGGAAGCAUUAA